UCGAGCACCACCUGACCGCCCAAUUGCCCAUCAUGAACACGGCUCUCCUCCGCACUUCGGCCCUGCGCUCCGCCGCCCGCGCCGCCGCUCCCGCCUGCUCUCGCGCUGGCCUGGCCGGCACCUCGUUUGUUCGCGGCAAGGCCACUCUGCCCGACCUUCCCUACGACUAUGGCGCGCUCGAGCCCUCCAUCUCGGGCAAGAUCAUGGAGCUGCACCACAAGAACCACCACAACACGUACGUGACGUCGUUCAACAACUUCAGCGAGCAAAUCGCAGAGGCCAAGCAAAAGCAAGACAUCCAGGCCCAGAUUGCCCUGCAGCCCCUCAUCAACUUCCACGGCGGCGGCCACAUCAACCACAGCCUCUUCUGGGAGAACCUGGCCCCCACCAGCCAGGGCGGUGGUGAGCCUCCGUCUGGCGCUCUUGCUGCUGCCAUCAACAACAACUACGGCAGCCUCGACGCCUUCAAGGAAAAGUUCAACACUGCUCUCGCUGGUAUCCAGGGUAGCGGCUGGGCGUGGCUUGUGCAGGACACGCAGACGGGCGGUAUCCAGAUCAAGACAUAUGCCAACCAGGACCCUGUUGUUGGCCAAUUCCGUCCUAUUCUCGGCGUGGAUGCCUGGGAGCAUGCCUACUACCUCGACUACCAGAACCGCAAGGCCGAGUACUUCAAGGCCAUUUGGAACGUCAUCAACUGGAAGGCAGCUGAGAAGCGUUUCAAGUAAGCUUUGAAUCAAGUAAUGACACGGCUGCAGCAGGAUAGUCGCCGGGUUUUUUGAUAGAGCAUGUUAGUUUUAGUAAUAUACCAGCAAGCCAUGUCAUAUCAACUCUCAUGCAUCAUGUACAAUUGUUCGCUUCUCAUCAUAUUAAAAUUUAUAACAUGCUCCAUAGAGCAUUCAGAACUUUACAUACAAUAGAAUGAAAACACGCCCUC